AUGGAAUACUUCGAGUACCACUGGGGUCUGGACAAAGGGGAACUCGAUCUCUCAACGCCACUCAACCACAUUCAACUUCGCAGUGAUAUGGUUGAGUGCUUGAACGAUGCUGACUGGACUCUUCUACCCACCAAGAAGAUCCUCGACGCCAUGGUCGCCCUGUCAGAUUUCAACAAGACCACGGACUUGAAUAAGAGGAAGCGCUUCACUGAGAUACUACCCGAACAAGAAUACGAAUACGAAUUUUUACCCAUGCGCAUAUCUCAGCGAGACCGCCCACAGCUCUAUCUCAAGCGAGGUUCUACAACUAGGACGAUCAAGAGAGCGUACUCCAGGAUGCCCUGCAUCAGGUCACGCGCGCAUCCUCUCUUCGUAUCGUUACGCGCCUACGACGACAUCCAUUCUGGCUACGACUCUAUGCCGGAAGCCAAGAUGGACCGGCUUCAGAAGAUGCUUGCCAACGUGCUCUGGCGCUGGGACUCACAUCCUCCUGUCGAGUUUCUUGUCGGCCCCGAUGUCUGGCAAAAACACCGUCACCCCAGUAGUGACGAUGGGUUCAUCGCGCGCGCGCUGCUGAGUACCUGCAAACGUACGGACACGAAGAAGCCUGUGCGACGUGUGUGGAAGUCCAGUCGUGCGCCUGCACCUCAAUCCAAGACUCGUCAGAAGGGAAUGUCUGUAUAUGACCACGCACGUCAGCCGCCGCCACACCCCUCAUCGCCGGUUCUUCCUCGGAGCGUCUGCGCGUCCGAGGCCGCGUCCACCGUCAGCGAUGCUGAUGUCCAUGCCCACGAUUUCUCGCCGGCCGAUCUGCGCCAAUGGUUGGACUCCAUCAAUUCCCAGACCGACACCACGACGAGGACCCAAUCUCCCGCAUCAUCCGGCCGCGAUUCUGUCCUCGCCCGCUAUCGCAAGGAACCGGCCCGCAACCCCGUCCAAGUUCGUCUCACUACCUUGUAUCAUGAGGGUGGCCUUCUGGGGGGACGCGACUGCAUCCGCCCCCGCUCCGUCUUUUGCAGCAACCUUUGGGCAAGGCAUAACUACCAAGUCUGCCUCUGGUCGUCUACAGCGGCCCAAUUUUCUGAAGUCAACCUCAUCCCGUAAAUAGGCUCACCGGCCGGUGUCCUAUGUCCCCUUCUACCGCUACGCUCACGCUGGGAGCACUGACAGAGGCGAUACGUUUACCAUCGCGUCGAUUCUGCCGAACAGCGCCGCGUGUGAGCAACUUGUCCUGAGUAUCAUCAAGGUGACCUUCGCGUCCAUGAUUUCGUAGCUUAUCAAGGUCAAGGCGGAGCGUAGCAUUGCA